AUGGCAGCGUUAUCUAGUAGUGUUGUGAUCCACCCAGCGGAUAAGCACGCAAUCAAUGGAUCACAGCCCCGCAUGGUGCGCACUGGAUCACAGACACAAAUGUCACGCACUGGACCACAGACACAAAUGUCACGCACUGGAUCACAGCCCCGCAUGGUGCGCACUGGAUCACAGACACAAAUGUUACGCACUGGAUCACAGCCCCGCAUGGUGCGCACUGGAUCACAAGGAGUGGGUCCGCGUGCUGGUAUUCCCUAUGGAGGAAUGGGUCAAGGCAAUGGAACCCUGCAGAGAUCUCCCAGUACCCUCUAUGGUGGAAUGGGUUCGCAGUCAGGGUCCAUGCGUGCUGGUAGCGCAUAUGGUAUGAACGGCCAGGGUGGCUCAUUUUACGGUCAAGGCAUGGGAAGUGCUGGUGGAAUGAGCGGCUAUGGUGCGGGCAGUAUGCAGAAUUCGCAGAUAGGCAGUAUGUACGGCAUGGGGGGUCCAAUGGGUAUGGGCAGUAUGUACGGUCCUCCAAUGGGUAUGGGCAGUAUGUACGGUCCUCCAAUGGGCAUGGGCAGUAUGUACGGUCUUCCAAUGGGCAGUGUGUGCCUCCUCAUUGCCGUGCCCUCUAUGUACGGGCUCCCGUCAGGAAUAGGGAGCAUGUACGGGCUCCCGCCAGGAAUAGGGAGCAUGUACGGAGCUCAUUCAGGAAUGGGCAGCAUGUACGGAGCUCCUUCAGGAAUGGGCAGCAUGUACGGAGCUCAAUCAGGUAUGGGGAGCAUGUAUGGGUCUCAAAGAGGUAUGGGCUCCAUGUAUGGGUCUCAGAGAGGUAUGGAUUCCAUGUAUGGAGGUGGAGUCAUAAGUGGUCCGGCAUCGAUGGGUCUUCAUCGCUUGGGCGAUGAUCAGAAAAUCCAAACAGCGAAGAGUCCCUCCUUAAGCGGCAUUCGCACGAUGGUGGUGGUUAGUGACAAGGCUGGUUCCAAG